GUGACUUUGAAGUGCCACUACGUUGAAAUCGAAGUAUAAUCUGUUCUUGACUGAAACAACUCGAGCAUGCCUAGCACGUGGAUCAGUAAAUGUACAUCGUAAACUGCGUGUUUGUGAUAUGUGUUGAGAAAUGCAGAAAGUUGUAAAAUAAUUUGAUUAUGCUGGAAGAUACGAGAAAAUAGUUCCUUGAAAAUUGAUUGAAGUUCAAAAUGGGAGUGACCAAACAGUAUUUGAGGUACAACCCUUCUUCAAAAUUCAAUAUUAUUUGUAGUCCACUUUGCAAUAUAAAAUUUAUUACGUAUGAAGGACAAGAGGGCCGAUAUGUUGCUGUUGGUGCCUGCGAAGACGUUGUUAUUUGGGAUCUUCGUUUAGGAGAAAAAUCUGCUGUAUUUCCGGGAGAAAAAGUACAAGUAACUUGUUUGGCUCCCAAUCCAAACAAAACUACCCUUGCUGCUGGAUAUGAAGAUGGAACCAUUAAAAUAUUUGAUCUUAAAACAGGAGAACAUUUAACAACAUUCUCUGGCCAUAGAUCAGCUAUAACAUGCUUGACUUUUGAUUCAGAAGGUCAUCGUUUGGCAUCAGGAGCCAAAGACACUGAUGUCAUAUUAUGGGAUACUGUGGCAGAAAAUGGUAUUCAUAGAUUGUGUGGUCACAAAGGUGUUGUCACCGAAGUGGGAUUUCUGAAUGAACACAAUGUUCUACUUUCAAGUUCAAAAGAUUCCUUAAUCAAAUUUUGGGACUUGGAUACAGCUCACUGUUUCAAAACACUUGUUGGACACAGAACAGAGGUUUGGGCAUUUUGUUUGUUGAAGGAUGAAACUUACUUAGUUACUGGCUGUAGGGACAAUGAACUUAGAGUGUGGGAAAUAAAAAGAAAAGAAGAAAAUGAAGGUGAAUCCCAGUUGGGAGAGAAUUUCACUGAAGAAGAUUAUGACGGAAUUAAAAGUCCAAUCACCUGUAAGAAAGUUGGAUCAAUGCUUCGUAAUGGUCGGGGGAGAGUUCUUGGUCUGGUCUCUGAUGAGUCUGGUCACAUUCUUGCUUGCCAUGGUUCAGAUUGGAAUGUUGAAUUAUUUGUUGUUCAUCCUGAAGCAGUAGCGAAGGAAAAAUGGAAAAAACGGAUUAAGAAGUUGAAGAAAAAAGCACUGAAUGGUGAAAGUAGUGAAAUACCUGCAGAUGAAGAAACUCAACCUUCUCUUCGGGACCAAGUAACCCGACUAACUUCAGUUAAAGUUACUUCAAAAAUGAAGUCAGUCAGUGUUGUUACAGGAAGAGGAGGAGAAAUUCGAAUUGUGGCAGCCUUGCAAGACAAUUCCAUAGAAAUGUACAGUUUGAAAGAGGCUGUUAAAGACACAGAAUGUUCUAUUCUUCGCACAAUAAGUUCUCAAGGACAUCGAUCCAUAGUGCGAGCUGUAGCUUUUAGUUCUGACAAUUUAGCUAUUAUUUCAGCAAGUGGAGAGUCAAUAAAAAUGUGGAACAGGGCAUCUCAGAAGUGUCUCCGGACAGUGAAAGUAGGAUAUGCUGUGUCAGUGUGCUUUAUUCCUGGUGAUAGGCAUGUUCUGGUAGGCUUGAAAGAGGGACAGUUAAUCAUAGUUGAUAUUGCAGCAGGAGACAUUCUUGAAACUGUCCCCGCUCAUACAAAGGAACUCUGGUCAAUCUGUAUUACACCUGAACAGCAUGGAUGUGUUACUGGUGGUGGAGAUCAAUCUGUGAAAUUUUGGAAUUUUGAGUUGAUUCCUGAUCCCAACAGUGAAAGCAAAGCAAAAGUUCUUUCAGUGCUUCACAAAAGGACAUUAAAAUUAGAAGAGAGUGUACUGGCUGUCAAAAUAUCUCCAAAUGGCAAUUUUAUAGCUGUUUCACUUUUGGAUUGCACAAUAAAAAUAUUUUUUAUGGAUACUCUGAAGUUCUUCCUUUCACUGUAUGGGCAUAAACUGCCUGUAAUAUGUAUGGAUAUUUCCUAUGAUUCUACAAUAAUAGCCACUGGCAGUGCAGACAGAAAUAUGAAAAUAUGGGGCUUGGACUUUGGAGAUUGCCACCGCUCGAUUUUUGCUCAUGAUGAUUCAAUAAUGGGACUGCAAUUUGUGCCCAAAACGCAUUACAUAUUUACAUGUGGCAAAGAAGGGAAAGUAAAGCAAUGGGAUGCUGAUAGUUACAAUAAAAUACUCACUCUGCAGGGACAUCAAGGAGAGGCGAAUACGCUAGCGGUGAGUCCCAAUGGCCAAUAUGUUGUCAGCAGUGGCAGUGAUAGAGUGCUGCGAUUGUUUGAGCGAACAUUGGAGCCGUUGGUGUUGGAAGACGAGCAAGAACAGGAGCGGGAAGAAGAAGAAAAAGCAGCUUUGGCAACGGGAGACGUCACUGUUGUUCCUGGACUUGGUGCACCAAAUCUUCCUUCCAGGAAAACUGUAGGAAGUGAGAAUAUUGCAGAGCAGUUAUUGGAAUGCUUGGAGAUAGGUAAAGAAUACAGUGAGAAAUUGAAAGAACAUGCUGAAUUUAGUAAAGCAUCUGGAAAGUCGCAUCCAGUCCCUCCUCCUCCUGCCUUAAUGCAAGCUUAUCAGGCUAAAAAUGCCGAAGAAUAUUUGCUGGAAGUGUUAAAGAGAGUUCGUUCGAGUGAUUUGGAAGAAUCUCUUUUAAUUUUGCCAUUUUCUGCUGUAUGUGAGCUGUUGGCUCGCUUGCCUGCGUUAGUGGCAAUUGGAAGCCACACAGAGUUAAUUCAUAGAGUUAUGAUCUUCCUUCUGAAAAUUCACCAUCGACCAAUAGUCAGCAGUCCCACAUUAGUUCCUGUCCUAUUGGAACUUCAGAAGUUGUGUUUUGACAAAGUGAAUGAAUUAAGGGAUACAGUUGGAGUGAACUUGUAUGGUUUUCAAUUCUUGCAAAGGCAGUAUGAAGAGAAGGAAGGAGGAAUGUUAUUCAGAGAGGCCUUGUUAGACAGAAGAAACCGGAAUCGGAAAAGGAGAAAAAGAGAGAGGACUGCUCAGAAAAUUGUGUUGUAAUUCAUUAUUUGGUGAGAAAAUAUGCUCCAUUUUUGCUUCCAAAUGCAGGGAUGGAAAUCAAGAUUUUAUUGUAGAAAGUAAAUGAUUUAUACUCUUUAAUGUAAAUAAAUUUGAUUUUAUUGUUAAUAAUAAACUUGAUUGUAUUUGGUUAUGGAAUGUUUCAUCUUGUCUCACCUAUGGAGCUAUGAACUCAUUAAGGUGGCAUUAUGCAUAUUCCGCAAAUAAAACCAGAGGUCAGAGCAGACUGCCAUAUUGAUGUGCCCAAAAACAGAGCUGUCAAGCACAUUAAUAAAUGGGUAAUACCCAUUUUCAGUGGAAUUUAAUAAUCUUAGGAAUAUUGAUGAGUAUAAUAACUAAAACUAAGAUGCUUCAUUACAAAUUAUGGAGUCACUGUAAAGUAUUUCUAGUGUGUGAAAACCAAAAUAACAUAAAUCAUCGAGAAUACUUAAAUGUGCUUCUUCUGCCUUUGAGAUUUCUCUCAUGAUCUCUCACAAAAAGUAUACAAAUAUAUAAAAAUAUUUUGAAG